AUGGAUGUCCAAAAGACCAUCGAUGCCAUCCGAUCAAACGACAUAGAAACAAACAAGGCAGCCAUCGAAACCAUAUAUGCCAACUAUGGGCUCUUGAAGGAAGAGGAUAUUGUUAGGUUGACUCCAUCCAUAGCCUACUAUCUGUGGAAGCUACCAAAGUUUGUUGCUCAAAAGCAGUUUGUUCUAGAUCUUCUGUCCCACACAGACCAACGAUUGCGGCACAGCAUGUUUAUGUAUCUUAUCGACAAAUGGAGUGAGAUCCAAUUAGUAAGGAUGGAUAAGUUUUACUACAUUAUGAAGAGGAUUCUGGAGUAUUAUACGGUGGAUGUGGAGACCGUCUCUUAUUUGUUUAACAUCCCCACUGUCAUGGAGCUCAAGGCAUUCAUAAUCCGCUGUGUUGUGGACAGGCUUGGUGAGACUAGUGAAGACAUGGAACACUUCUUGGCAGAAUUCAUUUCUAAGUGUCCCCCGGCACUUCUACUUUCUCUUGAGCCUCUUAAGAUUAGAAAGGAGAUUGCGCUGAAGUAUGCAGGAAGCAAGGAUGUCGGGAAGAAGAAUAGAGAAGCUCUGUGUUCCAUGGCUAAAUAA